GUGGUUCGUUCUGAAUGGCGGGAAUAAGCUGAAAGUUAUGUAAUUACUUUAACAACCAAAAAGCAGGGUAUUUUUUAAUUUAUCUAUUCUCUAGCACGUAUGCAGCGAUUUCCUGCCAAAGCUAGUUAGACUGGCGUUUGUGUUAAAUUUGGAAUAUGGAUAACUCUGAACUGACUCGCGGACCUUUCACAUGUCCGAAUUGCAAUAAAGAAUUUCAACAAUUCUCUGUGUUCAAUGCACACAGUCAAGAGAAAUGUGUUCCGGCGGAUUCCCAACCAUUUUGCAUCAUUUUUAAUCCAACCAGCAACAAAAAUGCCAGACCACGUAAAAAGUUGCACCUUACAGUAGAAGAGUAUUUCUAUGGGAAAUGUAACGGCAAGAAACAUAAACAGGUAGCCAACUUCAACCCAUCAAAGAAAUAUAAAUGUUACAGCUGUGCAAAAGUUUUGAAGAACAACCUCCGAUUUAUGAGCCAUGUUCGCCACAAGAUUGAAAAUCAUUGGAAACAGAACGACAACAUAAACGACUUCAACAUAUGUAGUCACUGCUACAGACAUUAUGAUACACCUUUCCAACUACAAUGUCAUGUUGAAACUGUUCAUUCUUCUGUAGCUGCAUCGACCACAUGCUGCAUUUGUGAGCUCAACUUUCAAGACGAAGAAACUUUUCUAUUUCACAUGAAAAAUCGUCAUGGUUGUCAGGAAAUGCCUUAUGUGUGUAAGAUCUGCUCUCAUCGCUCUUCACUCUACUCUGACUUAAUGCAGCAUUUCAGAGAGUGCCAUGAAAACAGCAAUUCCUUGAUGUGUCCCUUCUGCUUGUGUAUUCACAACACUGGAAACUCCCAUCUAAACCAUGUAAUUCAACAUUUGAAAAAGUCGUACAGAUGUUCACGUUGCCGUCUGCAGUUUUCCAGCAGUGUUGCGCAGUGCCAACAUUUAACAAUUGAUCACAUGAAGACAAUGAGGUCUAAACUUCGAUACCCCGUACCUCCCAAUAUUAAUGAUUACACGGUCUAUGUAAAACUUAGGAAGAAGGCAUCUUUACCACUUAAAUCAUUUUUCUUUGGUUCUCCAACUGCAAGGGAAGUAUUAGCAACAAGUUUUCCAAACUUUGUGGAUACCAAAGAAAAAAGCAAAAGUUGCAAACGAAAAUUAGAUCAGACUCUCAAACAAAAGUUGGUUUCAAUGAAAAUCACAAAGUCUGCCUUACAUCUGAACCUUAAUCUAAUAGACGAUACCAGUGAGUUUACUUGUUGGGAAUGUGCAUUAACUUUCCAGCAUGAUGUUCAACAUUAUAUACAGCAUUUCCAGACAGAAUACAAAUGUAGGGAAUGUUUUUAUGCCUCACACUGUCUCUAUGCUGCUGCAGAUCACAGUGAAACACACACAAACAGAUUUAGAAAAGAAGAAGACAGGAUUAAAGAAACUAAAAUAAACGUCGUUGUUUCACCAACUUGGCCAUCAAAGUCACCAACAGUUAACAGCAAGAGGUUAAGAAUUGGAGAGAAACAUGGAGUAGAAGAAACUGGAAGAAAUAAUGACAACAUUUCACCAUCUAGCUUACCAGGAAUGUCAGUUACAAUAAACAGUAUUGAAUGGGAUCUUGAAAAUGAGGAGAAAUUAGAAGAAAACUGGAAGCCAAAUGAAGAUCUUCCGCUUAACAACUCAGCUCAAUCAGGAGAAGAGAAAACUAACAAAGAAAAAAAUGUCUUCAAAAGAAAAAAUCCUCGAAGAAAACAACUUUUACCACAGAAAGUUACCUUUGAUGGCGAGGACUCACCACAGAACAACAUUACACCAAAUUCAGUUAACACAGUUGGUUCAUCAGCCACCCAUGUGCCAAAUUCGCUUUCCUCUGCUCCAAAAUCAAACAAAAAAUCAGCAAAAAAAAGAAAAUUAUCUGAAGAAGCUUCAGCAACAGAAGAAAAGCCACAGCGCACCAGGGCAAAAAAGAAAACUUCACAACUAAAUUUACUCUCAGAACCCCCAGCUAACCCUUUUAAUUUUCAACGGAAUGGUGUCGUCUCUUUGGGUUCCACAAACAAGCCUAUACAAGCACCGGACAGUGCUAAGAUAAAGGCAAAACCAUUUCCCGCUAAACCAUUUGAUAUUUCCCAAAUGUCUUUUGGAAAAGUUUUUGCAAGUUCAAGAACCUUGAGUGAAAAACUUUAUAAUCCUUCAAAGAAAAGCAACAAGCAGUCUACAACACCCAGCAAAAAUGUUCUGAAACCCAGUAAGCAGGUACCAGCCUCUCCAAUGAAUGUUGCAGAAACACCAAACCCACAACCUCCAGUAAAGGAUUUUGUGUUUGAAAAAAAUGCAAAAGGGAAAUUGGUUUUGGUUCCUAGGACACUGAAGAAGGCACCUGCCAAAUUUGAAAUGCCAAAACCACCUCGUGCCAUAAGCUUCAGUGAAGUCACAAAGAGCAGCAUCUUGGUCAAAUGGCUUCCUCCAAUAGACUGCAGUGUUACCCAGUACUUGCUCCAAUUUCGAGGCUUUGGGAUUCCCACAACUGAAGUUCUUCCACCUGCACAGACUAUGGUGAGACUUGUGGGUUUGCGUUCAAAUACCACCUAUGUUGUGCGUAUGUAUUCCAUGUAUAAAAACAUGAAGAGUUCUUGCAUACACGGAAAGCAGAAAACAUUGGGAUUGCGAGAACUUACUCAGCUGAACAAACAAGCAAUGGAAAGUCCUGUGAUUAUUCUUGAUGAUGAAGAUGAAGAAAAAGAUGUGAAUUCAUCUAGUGCGGCACCAGACACCUUUAAACCAACACCUGUGGUGUCAGGUGCCACACCCAUGGCGUUAAAUGCCACCUCUGGCACCGCUAAAAUCACACCCUUUCCGAAAAAUCACACCCUUUCCAGUUCCGAAACACAAAAAAUAACUCCAAAACUUAUCCCGGUAUCACAAAUCAAAACAGCCACGGUACUAAGGACAGCUAUGGCAACUCAGCUUAAAAACCUAUUACCAAUCACAUCGCAGGCGUCAAUCAGUAUAAAAGUCACAAAAGUUGGCGGGAUAAAUAUCCACAAACUAUCUCCUCAACAAAAGACACUGCCUAAAACAAUUGACAGCAAUGUGAUCAUGCCCCCGAUGAAACUAAUGGUACAGAAAGGCAAAGUUACCGGAAAACCAAUUGUACCUAUAUCAAAAACGGAGCUUGUUAGAGUUUCUAACAGCCCUCAACAAACCGUUUUGUCAGCUUUGAGUUUGGAGAAAAAGGAAAAUACUGAAAUUGUAUCGGCAACUAAUGUUGUGGACAUGGAAAAUACGACCAGUGAUUCAAACAAAGAUAUUUCUAUGGAUACUGACACAGUUAUCAUUGAGACGUCUAGUAUAAACGAUGUCGAAACAUCUAGCCAAAAUACUUCUAUGGUUGAUGGCAUUGCUAGUGGUGCUCAGAGUUCGAAUCUGGAUACUGUUAUAAAUACUAUGAGCCAAGAUAAGCCUUUGGUUUCUGAUGUUGUUGUUGAUGCUCAGACCUCAAGUGGGGAUUCUUUGGAAAAUACAACAGGCAAAGAUAAUGUUUCUGUUGAUACUCAGAUGUCAAGCGUGGAAGGAAAAGAUGAAACGACAUUAUUAACGAAAGACAUUGGUGUGAGUGAAAAGGUUGUUUCAGAAAAAAUGGACAAACCAGAUGCCAAAACUCACGAUGUUCAAUCUUCAAGUGCUGAUGUCGUAACACCCGCUGUGGUGGAAAGAGUUGAGAGCGUUGCAGUUGAAGAAACUGGGGGUUUUGUUGAAAAAGAAGACCCAAUAAUUGAACACAAUAUGGUUGAAACUGUGCCCAUUGAGCCAGCAACUGAAACUAUCGAUUCAUUUACUGUUGCUUAUAAAAGCGACCACAACCCUAGUGAAGAUACAACGGAUAUUCCGUGUGAUAUUGUAGGUGAUACCUUCACUGUCACUUGCACAGGUACCUACCAUCAUAGUGAAGAUGCAUUGAAAGUUUCAAGCGGUUUGGCUGCAGUGUUUGAUAAUGAACACGCAGAUGAUGAUAAUGAUGAUAGAGAUAACGGAUCUAUUGACGAUAUUGCUAUGGAAGAUUUAGAUGAAUAUUUGAAGCAUAUCUGAAGCAGGGUGUGUAUUUCUUGUCUUUAUGGAGAAGUUCAAAUUAAGGGGUUACUGACAGCUAACAGGAUAAACUUAAAGCAAUGUACAUACGUUGUGACUCGUGGUAAAUACGAUCACAAAGCUGCUGUAUGAAUUACGCUGCUGUAAAAGUUAGUGCUAGUUUUAAACAUAGCACUUUUAUUUUACUUUACUAAAAUUAUCGAACGAAUUUCAAUUUUUGUGUUUUAUCAUGAUAAAAACACAAUGGGAAACUACUUUUGCAUCAUUGCCAUCGUUUGUUGUUUACACUUGUUUUGUCUUUUCAUUUUUACCUUUCACAUUUCAAGUUUUAAAUGCCAAUCAUUUCAGUAUAAAUUAUACAGAUGAGCUUGGUAUAUUAUUUUAGAGGUCACUUUCUGUUUAUUGCUUCGUUAUUGUUUGGUUAUUAUGGAUCAGACCAUAUACCUGUAAUAGAUGUAAAUACACCACAUGCAUUA